CGACAUGUUGGCUGAACAAGCCACCAGAGGAACUGUGGGACCACCCUUUGAGAGUGAUUCAUUCACAGCGCCAGUCAUUGGGACUAACCCAAUAUCGAUUCCCGGCAUAUCUAGCUUACCUCGGAGUGACGGACUUGCAGGACCAGCCACCGGGACUGAUACUCUUAUGACUCCUGGCAUUCCCCGGAUACCUGAGGAUGAUGGACCUACAGGACCAGCCGUUGUGCCUGAUGCCACUACAGUUUCUGGGACUGAUAGUUUGCCUGAGAGCGGUGUUUCCCCGCCACAGCCGAGAGGUAUGACUGAUUUGCCUACAGGGGUUGAUAUACCCUCCAUGCCUACUCCUGCAGUUAUUUCGGAACCUGUCGGAUUUCAGCCUGAGGGGACUUCCGUUGGCACCUCCGUUGGCAUUGGACCUCGAUCAUCCCUAUAUGAGCGUGUCCGCGUCCUCUUGGCUGAUACCGAUCCCGACAAAGACAUUUUUCGUACAGACCUCGGCCUUUUUACCGUCUUUUAUAACGGCAUGAUCGAGAAACUUCUUCAUCGAGGAUAUGGCUUCGAUCAGUUCAGGCGUUCCUUUUCUCGUCACAUGCCGAUGUUCAGAGAAGAAGGGUAUCCAGAGUUGGCCGAUUCCUUCACUGCCGAUUUUGCUGUUCUGGAGUCGGAGAUCCGAGAGUUGAAGGAGCUGAAGGCUAAUGGGGUCUCUUCCUUCGUGUCCUCUCAGAUGGAGCAUAGGCUGGCACAGUGGCGCGACCUGAGAUCUUCCAUCAGCAGUGAGCUUCAGUCACAUGAGCGUUCAGUUGCGCAGCUGAUGGCUACCGUGGCGAAGAGGGAUACAGAUAGGGCCGAGCUACUCCGCUCUUUGGAUUUCGGUCGCGAGGAAGUGGCUAGGCUGAAGGAGGCCUUGAAGAGUGCCGAGGAGUCCAUUAUUAUCAUUGCAGAAGACCUGGCUGGAGUAGAGCAUUCUCGUGGACAGGCCCUCGAGAAGCUAGGAUCUACACAGGAGAGAUUGAUGAAGCUGAAGAAUGAAGCCGUGAAGAUCUUGAGCAGUUCUGAGGAAUCCGUCCGGGCUGGUCUACAGGCAGAACUUGAGCAGAGUUAUAUAGAUAGGCUUUCUAGUUUAGAGUCUCAUGUCCUUAGCCGUCAGCUGCCUUCGGGCUAACGAGCUCUUUAUUGUAUGCCUUGACUUGAUCUAUUAAUAGAGACUCCGCAUUUGAUUC